AUGAUGGCCGCAACAACAGAAGGAGACAACCACUUGCAGCUGCAGCAAGAGAUAGCAGCAGUAUUUGCUUCAGCCAGCAGCAGCAGCAACGAGGUGCAGCAGCAGGUUGCUGCUGCUCUAACUAAAAUAAAUGAAAUCCCUCAGGUGUAUGUACACUACGCAGCAAUCCUGGGGAGCUGCAGAUACACCCCAGAUGUGCGUCAGGUAGCGGGCUUGAGUCUGAAAGCUUUGCUGCAGCGCCAGCAGCAGCAGCAGCAGCAGCAGCAGCAGCAGCAGCAGCAGCAGCAGCAGGUGUUGCAGCAGCAGGACCUGCAGCAAUUGCUUCCUCCUUUGCUGCUGGCUUUACAAGAGGACUCUCGUGAUCUUCGUUCUGCUGCUGGUUCUGCUGUUGCUGCUCUUGUCUGCUGCCGUUUGCUGCAGCAGCAGCAGCUACAUGAGCUGCUGCAGCAGCUGCUGCUGCUGCUAGACUCACCCCGUUUUGCUGUUGCUGAUACUGCGCUUACAACCCUAUCCAAGGUCACCGAGGACCUGCUGCAGGGGGUGCGGCUGCAGCAGCUAGACAUACACCAGCAGCAGCAGCAGCAGCAGCAGCAGCAGCAGCAGCAGCAGCAGCAGCCGCAGCAGCAGCAGUUGCAGCAGCUGAUGUUCUUUAUUCCAUGGGCGCAGCAGCAAUUGCUGCCGCGUUUGCUGCGCGAAGCAAACCCUGCUGCAGCAGCAGCAGGUCCCCCAGCAGCAGCAGCAGCAGGAACAGCAGCAGCAGCAGCAGCAGCAGGAGGAGGAGUGAUGAGAACGAUAGAGCAGCAGCAGCAGCAGCAGCAGCAAGCCCUCUCAACCCUAAACACAAUAGCUGCAGCAAGAGGGUUCGUUGAUGGUUCUCCUUUUUAUGCUUUUGCUGCUGACUACUGGAGUGUAUUAGGAGCAGCAGCAGCAGCAACAGCAGCACCCCCAGCAGCACCCCCAUCAGCAGCAGCAGCAGCAGCAGCAGCAGCAGCAGCAGCAGCAGAGAUAAGGAGAUGUGUAGCAGCAGGAAUACUGAUAACGCUAGAAACAAACAAAAAUAUCAUAUUUGCUUCGCUGCUGCCUAUCAUUGAUUUUUUUGUUUCUUCUCUUCUCUCGCCCUCUUAUGCACUCAAACAAGAAGCGGUGGAGUUCUGGCCGGCAAUCCUGAGAGAAGCAACGAAUGCUGGUGGUGAGGUGCAGCAGCACGUGCUGCAGCAGCUGCAGCAGCAGCUGCACCGCAUCAUCCCGCUUCUUGUUGCCAAUACUGUCUACACAGAAACAGACUUCAUCAACAUGGAUGCAUCUCAGCUAGAGGAAGACAACGCGGGAAUAGCAGACGACGCGGAGGAGGUGGCUCCCCGCUUCCCUCGGGGUCGUGACCCUGCUGCUGCUGCUGCUGCAGCAGCAGCAGCAGCAGCAGCAGGAGACCCAGCAGCAGCAGCAGCAGCAGCAGCAGCAGCAGCAGCAGAUGAUGAGGAUGAGGAGGAGGAGACAAGGGGAGCAUGGGGAGACAACUGGACCCUGAGGAAAGGCAGCGCCCUAUCCCUCGAUAUGUUUGCUUCUGUCUUUAGAGAAGAGCUGCUGCCUUUUGUACUACCUCUUAUAGAACAAGGCCUGCAGCAGCAGCAGCAGCAGCAGCAGCAGCAGCAGCAGCAGCAGCAGGAGGGAGAGGGAGAGGGAGAGCAGCAGCAGCAGCAGCAGCAGCAGCAGCAGCAGCAGCAGCAGCAGCAGGAGAAAGAGAAAGAAGAAAACUGGCUCAGGCUAGAAGCAGCUAUUCUCUCUCUUGGUGCUGUUGCUGUUGGGUGUAUUGAGGGAUGA